AUGUGUGAACUCAAUUCUAAUCUCUUCAUCACCCUCUAUCUGAUUUUGCACAACCACCCAUAUCGCACUUUGCGCAUGUACACCUUUUCCGUGGAUAGUGGCCAGCUGCCCCACGAUACCCCGAUUGAGGAUGUUCCAUUUUCCAUCAAACAAGAGCUUUUGCCUCGCCAGCCUGUUGAUUACGCGAUUGAGAUUGGACCUUAUGACUUAGUCACACUAGCCUUAGGCGUCAGAAAAGUGAAUAGAAACCUUCAGAUCACUUGGGCGCGUGAUGUUGAUGCAUAUGAGCCCGGCCACCCAUUCAGUCGAUUGACCCGGAAAUUCCCAAAUAAGGAAAAUACAUGUUGCAUAAUUGUGGUGAUUAAACGCCAGACUGCGGAGGCUGCUAAAGAGUGGCGUCGACGGAAAGAACGUUUUGAAGAAUCGCUACAACUAGAACGACAACAACAAGAACAACAAGACUAG